GUCCGUCUUUUUUCUCUGUCAAGUGCGUUUCACCUGCGUUCCUUGCAUCCCCCGGGAACGGUUCGGAGCAGCGGUUCGCAGCUUGCGGUGAGAAGCGGUGCUGUGAGGUCCCCGAGCAGCCGCCGCCAUGGCGGAUGUGACCGCCCGAAGCCUGCAGUACGAGUACAAGGCGAACUCGAAUCUUGUGCUCCAAGCCGACCGCUCUCUCAUUGACCGGACCCGCCGGGAUGAACCCACAGGAGAGGUGCUGUCUCUGGUUGGGAAGCUGGAGGGCACCCGGAUGGGAGAUAAAGCUCAGCGGACCAAACCGCAGAUGCAGGAGGAAAGAAGAGCCAAGCGAAGAAAACGUGAUGAGGACCGGCAUGACAUCAACAAGAUGAAGGGUUAUACUUUGCUGUCAGAGGGCAUAGAUGAGAUGGUGGGCAUCAUCUAUAAGCCCAAAACUAAGGAGACCCGAGAGACUUAUGAGGUGCUGCUCAGCUUCAUCCAGGCUGCUCUUGGGGACCAGCCACGUGAUAUCCUUUGUGGGGCAGCUGAUGAAGUUCUUGCUGUCCUGAAGAAUGAGAAGCUGCGGGACAAGGAAAGACGAAAGGAGAUUGACCUGCUGCUGGGUCAGACAGAUGAUACCAGAUACCAUGUGCUAGUAAACUUGGGCAAAAAGAUCACAGACUAUGGGGGAGACAAGGAAAUCCAAAAUAUGGAUGACAACAUUGACGAGACCUACGGUGUGAAUGUGCAGUUCGAGUCUGAUGAGGAGGAAGGUGAUGAAGACGUCUAUGGGGAGGUUCGAGAAGAGGCAUCUGACGAUGACAUGGAGGGUGACGAGGCUGUCGUGCGCUGCACCCUCUCCGCUAACCUCGUAGCCUCAGGUGAGCUGAUGAGUUCCAAGAAGAAAGAUUUGCACCCUCGGGAUAUCGACGCGUUCUGGCUUCAGCGGCAACUCAGUCGUUUCUACGAUGAUGCUAUCGUGUCACAGAAGAAGGCAGAUGAAGUGUUGGAGAUUCUGAAGACGGCCAGUGACGACCGAGAAUGUGAGAAUCAGCUGGUCCUGCUUCUCGGUUUCAACACAUUUGACUUUAUUAAAGUGUUGCGACAGCACAGGAUGAUGAUUCUGUACUGUACCUUGCUGGCCAGUGCUCAGAGUGAAGCUGAGAAGGAAAGGAUCAUGGGAAAGAUGGAAGCUGAUCCAGAACUGUCCAAAUUCCUCUACCAGCUUCAUGAGACUGAGAAGGAGGAUCUGAUCCGAGAGGAAAGGUCUCGGAGAGAGCGAGUUCGGCAGUCCCGAAUGGACACAGACCUGGAGACCAUGGAUCUGGACCAGGGUGGAGAGGCACUGGCUCCACGGCAGGUUCUGGACUUGGAGGACCUGGUAUUCACCCAAGGGAGCCACUUUAUGGCCAACAAACGCUGUCAGCUUCCUGAUGGGUCCUUCCGUCGCCAGCGUAAGGGCUAUGAAGAGGUGCAUGUUCCUGCUCUGAAGCCCAAGCCCUUUGGCUCAGAAGAGCAAUUGCUCCCGGUGGAAAAGCUGCCCAAAUACGCCCAGGCUGGAUUUGAGGGCUUCAAAACACUGAAUCGAAUCCAGAGUAAACUGUACCGUGCAGCCCUGGAGACGGAUGAGAACCUGCUGCUAUGCGCUCCUACCGGUGCUGGGAAGACCAACGUGGCCCUGAUGUGCAUGCUCCGAGAGAUAGGGAAACACAUCAACAUGGAUGGCACCAUCAACGUGGAUGACUUCAAGAUCAUCUACAUUGCUCCCAUGAGGUCCUUGGUGCAGGAGAUGGUGGGCAGUUUUGGAAAGCGCCUGGCCACUUAUGGCAUCACUGUUGCUGAACUGACUGGGGACCACCAGCUGUGCAAGGAAGAGAUCAGCGCCACACAGAUCAUCGUCUGCACCCCUGAGAAGUGGGACAUCAUUACUCGUAAGGGCGGUGAACGCACCUACACUCAGCUGGUGCGGCUCAUCAUCCUGGAUGAGAUCCAUCUUCUCCAUGACGACAGAGGUCCUGUCUUAGAAGCUUUGGUGGCCAGAGCCAUCCGAAACAUUGAGAUGACCCAAGAGGAUGUCCGACUCAUUGGUCUCAGUGCCACCCUCCCCAACUAUGAAGAUGUGGCCACCUUUCUGCGUGUCGACCCUGCCAAGGGCCUCUUCUACUUUGACAACAGCUUCCGCCCAGUACCUCUGGAGCAGACAUACGUGGGCAUCACAGAGAAAAAAGCUAUCAAGCGUUUCCAGAUCAUGAAUGAAAUAGUUUAUGAGAAAAUCAUGGAACAUGCUGGAAAAAAUCAGGUGCUGGUGUUUGUCCACUCCCGGAAGGAGACUGGCAAGACCGCUAGGGCCAUCCGGGACAUGUGCCUGGAGAAGGAUACUCUGGGUCUGUUUCUGCGGGAGGGCUCAGCUUCCACAGAGGUCCUUCGGACAGAAGCAGAACAGUGCAAGAACUUGGAGCUAAAGGAUCUUCUGCCUUAUGGCUUUGCUAUCCAUCACGCGGGCAUGACCAGAGUCGACCGAACACUCGUGGAGGAUCUUUUUGCUGAUAAACACAUCCAGGUCUUGGUUUCCACAGCAACUCUAGCUUGGGGUGUGAAUCUCCCUGCCCACACAGUCAUCAUCAAGGGCACCCAGGUGUACAGUCCAGAGAAGGGGCGUUGGACAGAACUGGGCGCACUGGACAUUCUGCAGAUGCUGGGACGUGCUGGUCGACCCCAGUAUGACACCAAGGGUGAAGGCAUACUCAUUACGUCUCACGGGGAGCUACAGUACUACCUGUCCCUCCUCAAUCAGCAGCUUCCUAUCGAGAGCCAGAUGGUGUCAAAGUUGCCCGACAUGCUCAAUGCAGAAAUCGUGCUGGGGAACGUCCAGAACGCAAAGGACGCAGUGAACUGGCUGGGCUAUGCCUACUUGUAUAUCCGAAUGCUCCGAUCCCCAACCCUCUAUGGCAUCUCUCAUGAUGACCUCAAGGGAGAUCCCUUGCUGGACCAGCGCCGACUGGACCUGGUUCACACUGCUGCCUUGAUGCUGGACAAGAACAAUCUGGUCAAGUAUGACAAGAAGACAGGCAACUUCCAGGUGACAGAGCUGGGCCGCAUAGCCAGCCAUUACUAUAUCACCAACGAUACUGUGCAGACCUACAACCAGCUGUUGAAGCCCACCCUGAGUGAGAUCGAACUUUUCAGAGUUUUCUCCUUGUCCUCAGAGUUCAAGAACAUCACUGUCAGGGAGGAGGAGAAACUGGAGCUGCAGAAACUGCUCGAGAGGGUGCCCAUCCCCGUGAAGGAGAGCAUUGAGGAGCCCAGUGCGAAGAUCAACGUGCUUCUUCAAGCUUUCAUCUCACAACUGAAAUUGGAGGGCUUUGCAUUGAUGGCUGACAUGGUAUAUGUUACCCAGUCGGCGGGUCGGCUGAUGCGAGCCAUCUUUGAAAUUGUCCUGAACCGAGGAUGGGCGCAGCUUACAGACAAGACCUUGAACCUCUGCAAGAUGAUUGACAAACGCAUGUGGCAGUCCAUGUGUCCUCUGCGCCAGUUCCGGAAACUCCCUGAGGAGGUGGUAAAGAAGAUUGAGAAGAAAAACUUCCCUUUUGAGCGCCUGUAUGACCUGAAUCAUAAUGAGAUAGGGGAGCUGAUCCGCAUGCCAAAGAUGGGGAAGACCAUCCACAAGUAUGUGCACCUGUUCCCCAAGCUGGAGCUGUCGGUGCACCUGCAGCCUAUCACACGCUCCACCCUCAAAGUGGAGCUGACCAUCACUCCAGAUUUCCAGUGGGACGAGAAGGUCCAUGGUUCAUCGGAGGCGUUCUGGAUUCUGGUGGAGGAUGUGGACAGCGAGGUGAUUCUGCACCAUGAGUAUUUUCUACUCAAGGCCAAGUAUGCCCAGGACGAGCACCUCAUUACCUUCUUCGUUCCCGUCUUUGAGCCACUGCCCCCUCAGUACUUCAUCCGAGUGGUGUCUGACCGCUGGCUCUCUUGUGAGACCCAACUGCCUGUCUCCUUCCGGCACCUGAUCCUACCAGAGAAGUACCCACCUCCCACUGAACUGCUGGACCUGCAACCUUUGCCCGUGUCUGCCCUGAGAAACAGUGCCUUUGAGAGCCUCUACCAAGAUAAAUUUCCUUUCUUCAAUCCCAUCCAGACCCAAGUGUUCAACACCGUGUACAACAGUGACGACAACGUGUUCGUGGGGGCCCCCACGGGCAGCGGGAAGACCAUCUGUGCAGAGUUUGCCAUCCUGCGGAUGCUGCUGCAGAACUCAGAGGGGCGCUGUGUCUACAUUACCCCCAUGGAGGCCCUGGCAGAGCAGGUCUACAUGGACUGGUAUGAGAAGUUCCAGGACAGGCUCAACAAGAAGGUGGUGCUGCUGACCGGGGAGACCAGCACAGACCUGAAGCUUCUGGGCAAAGGCAACAUCAUCAUCAGCACCCCUGAGAAGUGGGACAUACUCUCCCGGCGGUGGAAGCAGCGCAAGAACGUCCAGAACAUCAACCUCUUCGUGGUGGACGAGGUCCACCUUAUCGGGGGCGAGAAUGGGCCUGUCUUGGAAGUGAUCUGCUCCCGGAUGCGCUACAUCUCCUCCCAGAUCGAGCGACCCAUUCGCAUCGUGGCGCUUAGCUCCUCGCUCUCCAAUGCGAAGGAUGUGGCCCACUGGCUGGGCUGCAGCGCCACCUCCACCUUCAACUUCCACCCGAACGUGCGCCCUGUGCCCUUGGAGCUGCACAUCCAGGGCUUCAACAUCAGCCACACACAGACUCGCCUGCUCUCCAUGGCCAAGCCUGUGUACCACGCCAUCACCAAGCACUCACCCAAGAAGCCUGUCAUCGUUUUUGUCCCGUCUCGCAAGCAGACCCGCCUCACUGCCAUUGACAUCCUCACCACCUGUGCAGCUGACAUCCAGCGGCAGAGGUUCUUGCACUGCACGGAGAAGGACCUGAUCCCGUACCUGGAGAAGCUGAGUGACGGCACCCUCAAGGAGACGCUCCUGAAUGGGGUGGGCUACCUGCACGAGGGGCUCAGCCCCAUGGAGAGGCGGCUGGUGGAGCAGCUCUUCAGCUCAGGGGCUAUCCAGGUGGUGGUGGCUUCUCGGAGUCUCUGCUGGGGUAUGAAUGUGGCCGCCCACCUGGUGAUCAUCAUGGACACCCAGUACUACAAUGGCAAGAUCCAUGCCUAUGUGGAUUACCCAAUCUAUGAUGUGCUUCAGAUGGUGGGCCACGCCAACCGCCCUCUGCAGGACGAUGAGGGGCGCUGUGUUAUCAUGUGUCAGGGCUCCAAAAAGGAUUUCUUCAAAAAGUUUUUAUAUGAGCCAUUACCAGUAGAAUCUCACCUUGACCACUGUAUGCAUGAUCACUUCAAUGCUGAGAUUGUCACCAAGACCAUUGAGAACAAGCAGGAUGCCGUGGACUACCUCACCUGGACUUUUCUGUACCGCCGGAUGACACAGAACCCCAAUUACUACAACCUGCAGGGCAUCUCGCAUCGUCACCUUUCUGACCAUUUGUCAGAGCUGGUGGAGCAGACUCUGAGUGACCUGGAGCAGUCCAAGUGCAUCAGCAUCGAGGAUGAGAUGGACGUGGCGCCUCUGAACCUGGGCAUGAUUGCCGCCUACUAUUACAUCAACUACACCACUAUUGAGCUCUUCAGCAUGUCCCUGAACGCCAAGACCAAGGUGCGAGGGCUCAUUGAGAUCAUCUCCAAUGCGGCAGAGUAUGAGAACAUUCCCAUCCGGCACCAUGAAGACAACCUCCUGCGGCAGCUGGCUCAGAAGGUUCCCCACAAGCUGAAUAACCCUAAAUUCAACGAUCCACACGUGAAGACCAACCUGCUCCUGCAGGCUCACCUGUCCCGCAUGCAGCUGAGCGCCGAGCUGCAGUCAGACACGGAGGAGAUCCUUAGCAAGGCAAUCCGGCUCAUUCAGGCCUGUGUGGACGUGCUUUCCAGCAAUGGGUGGCUCAGCCCUGCCCUGGCAGCCAUGGAACUGGCCCAAAUGGUCACCCAAGCCAUGUGGUCCAAGGACUCAUACCUGAAGCAGCUGCCACACUUCACUUCAGAGCACAUCAAACGUUGCACAGACAAGGGGGUGGAGAGUGUUUUCGACAUCAUGGAGAUGGAGGAUGAAGAGCGAAACGCGCUGCUGCAGCUGACUGACAGCCAGAUCGCAGACGUGGCCCGCUUCUGCAACCGCUACCCCAAUAUCGAACUGUCCUAUGAAGUGGUGGAUAAGGACAGCAUCCGCAGUGGCGGACCAGUGGUGGUGCUGGUGCAGCUGGAGCGCGAGGAGGAAGUCACAGGCCCUGUUAUUGCGCCUCUCUUCCCACAGAAACGUGAAGAGGGCUGGUGGGUGGUGAUCGGAGAUGCCAAGUCCAACAGCCUCAUCUCCAUCAAGAGGCUGACCCUACAGCAGAAGGCCAAGGUGAAGCUGGACUUCGUGGCCCCAGCCACUGGUGCUCACAACUACACCCUCUACUUCAUGAGUGAUGCUUACAUGGGCUGUGACCAGGAGUACAAAUUCAGUGUGGAUGUAAAAGAAGCCGAGACAGACAGCGACUCGGAUUGAGUCCUGAGUCUCAGCUUCUGAGGGCGGGUGAGCCUGAGUCAGGGCUGGGUGCAGCUGAGGGAUCUUGGUUGUGAGACCAGGUGUCUGGUCCUGCCAGAGGUCCAGCCAGUCAGGGCUGGAGUCGUCCCAACCCACCAGCACUUGCCCCUUUUCCACCUUGUCGUUUAAGCCCUGGUCCCGCGCCUGCACGUGUUGUUUCAAGUGUGAGCGUGCACAGCAUUUCUGGGCAUGCUCUUUGUAGCUCCUUUUGUGUCAGACAUUGUAAUAAAGAACUUGGAGAGAUCAUUUGUCCUUGUAGUGGCUCCCAGUUAAAAGCUUCUUUCUCCAAACUAAGGCCUUGGCCAAAAAGAUUUGUUUUAGCCACUGAACUUCCUAAUCGAGGACUUGUGGAGGACAGAACUGACCUGUCUUUUAGUUUGGUUUUAGCCUAGAGAACGGAAUGUGGGCAGGCAGCAUCUCUUCAGUUGGGCUAAGAUGCCUCCUCCCCCAGUACAUUACACAGCUGCAGGAGCCCCCUCCACCCAAGAGGUAGAACUCAGGUUAGAGGGUUCUCAGAUCCACGUUGCGAAACGCCAGCGUUCCCUCAGAGCAGUCCCAGAAGGGGGGUUCAAAUGCACCAGCUGGAUGCACCCAGGCUUGGGAAUUGAUUUUGUAAUGUACACCUUCAGAGCUCUUCAAAUUCCUGCCUUCUGUUCUUUAGGAAUGAAUGUGCUCAAAAGGUAGCCGACUGUCGUGGUUCACUCUGUAAUCCCAGCUACCCAGAAGGCUGAGGCAGGGGGAGUACAAGCUUCGGGUCAGCCUGGCAAUUUAGAGGCACCCAUGUUAAAAUAAGCACCAGGGAUGGAGCUGUGGUAGAGUGCUUGCCCAGCGUCUGUGAGGCCCUGGGUUCCAUCCCCACUAACGGGUGGGGAUUCUGAAGGGUGAUUUCCUUAGGUUGGCAAUUGUUUCAAAACCCCUUUACGCUGCAGAAAAUUAAUCCCAAGUUUCUUUGUAUUGAUGUUAUAUUCUUUUCUAUUUACUAUAUUAAACAUUUAAAAACAACUUGUUUAAAAAUAACCUCAUCAUGUUACAUAACUUCCAUAAUGAAUCAGAACAGUAGCAUAUUAAGAUUCUGCAGUCACUUGAAGGCCUGGCCUAACAAGCCAGCUGGGAUUCUCAUGACCGCUGUGUUCAAUCUGUUGUAUGUGGUUUGAGUUGAAGUGAGCGGACUUCACAUAGAGGGGGCCAGAAGAGGGAGUUUUAAAAUAACCUUUUCAGGUAAUAGUUAGUGGUUGUUCUUAGAUACUCUACCAAGACGGCAUGUAGUUUGUUUUGGCAGUACUGAGGAUUCUACCACUGCUACCUCUCCAGUCUUUUUGAGACAGGACCUUGUCCUUGAAUCCCCUGGCAGGUUUGUCUCCAUGUUAAGAUUUCUCCUCUUGUCCUUGAACUUGGCAAUCCUCCUGCCUCAGCCUCCCAGAUUGCUGAUUACAGGCCUGUGCCCCCCUGAUGCAUGCACUUGUUUCUCAAAGACAACAUGGGCUCUGAAGCCUUACCCAGGCCCCCCUGUACUCUUAUAUUUAACCCACUGGUCUGUCCCAUGCUUGGAAUCAGCCUCUUAACUACCAGUGAUUUUGUAACAUCAUUACAUCCAUCUUUGGGAAAACACUAUAAUUUGUUGAGUAACAGAUCUUCCAAAUGUUGACACGUUUCAUUACACAAGUUACACUUGUUAAGUUAUAACAAAUAACUAUCAGUAAAGCUCAUGGUGGCAACAUGUUUUCAGAAAUUCUAAUUCUGAAUCAGCUUUCAUUUUACCAUUGGCAACAAAUGCUGUCAAUAAAUGGUUCAUCCUAUUCAUUUUCCCAAAAAUAUCAGCCAAAUAGCCAAGUCCAAAUACUAGAAUUUGCUAGUUCUUCCUAGUAAAAAUGGUGUGCCGUGCAGACCAGCCUGCUUUCCCUCAAGACAGCUACUUUAGUGUGUGGAAGUGCUUUAUGCAUCUUUCCCAUUUUCUCAGUGUUAGAAAUGUUCUCUAGGGGCUGGGGACAUAGAUCAGCUGGUAGAGUGUUUGCCUUGCAAACACAAGGCCCUCGGUUCAAUCCCCAGCACUGAAAAAAUAAAAAAGAAAAAUGUUCUCAAGGGUAAUGCUUAAUACAAUUAACCAUUUUUACUGCUCCUAUCAAGGACACACCUAUGUGAAGGUGACAGUAUGUUCACUGUAGGUGCCAGGCAGUAACUACUACUACUACUAGUUAGGGGUCACCACCAUGAUUGUGCCCAGUGUCAACCCCCAAAAGGGUCUCGGGAUCCAGGAGCUGCAGUCACCUUGAGAACCACUGUCUUGCCUCAGCUGUCUUUCCAAAAUCUAAGGUCACAAGUUCUAUGAUGUAACAAGUUAGGUGAAGGCUGCGCUUUGGGGACAACUGUCACAUCCAAACCCUGGGUCUCUCAGAAACAAGCUGAGACCAAGAACUAAUUAUAGUGUCCCUCCACUUGUUUCCACUCCCACUCCCUGCAGCCCUAUUAGACACCUCAAAAGUGAGACCCCACAGGUUGGUGGCAGUGGUCCUGGAGGGCCAGAAGCUACUGCCUCUGCAAUGUGUUUUGCCCCCAGUGAUGAACCAAUUUGCAUCUUUACUGAGAAUGUACAGCUUGUGGCCAAGAAUAAUUCUCCCUUUUGGGGCUCAUGUCUUCCCCUUUAUUUUUCAUUUCCUCAGUUGCCAUUAUAGAACAAUGGCACAGGAGAUGUGUGAGGUUUUCGAAGGGAAAGCAGAGUCCCCUUACUCCAAAUAAACCUAAAGGAAAAAAAAAUUCCUUCAGUAUCGAAUGUCUUAAAUGCAAGGGUUUAUCUAUUAAUUGGAAAAGCAGGACCUACUUCAAACAAUUUGAUGGGAAAAAAAUUGAAUGUUCUCAUGAAGUAGGACUGUGGACUUGAACAGAUUAGUUCUGUAAAUCUUACAGUUUCAGAAAGGUCUGAAGUACACUCCCUGCUACACACCUAGACACACACACACACACACACACACACACACACACACGUACAUAGCAAUUAUAAAUACUAUAUUCACCCCCCCCAAAA